AUUUGUCAGCUCUUGCUUCCUUCCAUAGCUCUCUCAUGGCUUAUGUUCAGGUUAUCAUAACACUUCUCUUUGCAUUAGCUCUCGCUGGAAUUGACCCCUCAACAUGCCAAAUGGUAAAGGGCAAAGUCUCAUGCAUUGACUGCACUCACAAUUACGAUUUAUCUGAUAUUAAGGUUUCAGUGAAGUGUGAAGGUGUGAAAAAGCUGGCUGUGGCAACUACAGAAGAGAAUGGCUCCUUCAAGGUUGACCUUCCCUCAGGCCACACCAAACCUUCUUCUGUGAAUUGCCUUGCAAAACUUAUUGGUGGGACAGUUCAGCUUUAUGUCUCAAGGAAGGACCAGGUUUCCCAAAUUGUCAAGGGAAAAGAGCAAAACAGCUACACCAUUUCCACUCCUCUUAGUUUCUUGACAUCAUGCCCCCAAAACACAGAUUGUAAGGCUGCAAAACAGGUGGGUUCAUCCAAAACCAUCGAUCUUCCUCUGCCUCCAGAGUGGGGUUUGGCACCAAGUAGCUAUUAUAUACCUUUUGUCCCCAUUAUUGGAAUACCUUGAUUAUGUGUUCAUGUGACAUGUAAUCAGUACUUAUAAUAUUUGUAGGAAGCAAUAGACUGUUAUAUGGUCUUGUUUGUAACAUAUAAUUAUAGAUCCAUUAUGUGUACUGUGAAAGAGUACCACAUAUAGUUGUGGACGUGUGGUAUAUAGUGUAUCAUAGUUUGUGAAGGAAGUUAAUUUCCCAUCUUGAAAGCAGAUAAAUAAGGUACUGCUUUGUCAACCUAUGUUGCUUUGUUAUGUAUGAUC